AUGGCCAACUACUGCUUCCUGGUCCACCCACUCUCUGGCGCCUUCGACGGGUGCGAGUUCCUCUGCGUUCCCCGCACGGAAAACGAAGCCGCCGACACCCUCGCCAAGAUAGGCUCAACCUGGCAAGCAAUCCCAUCCAGCGUCUCCCUCGAGCACUUGCGGACGCCGUCCAUCAAGCCGUCUCCCGACUUCGAGUCCAUCUUCAUCUCGGAAAACCCCGCGGCACCCCCACCCAACCCUGAAUAUCCCGACUCCGGCCCAGGGGCUCCCGACCCUGGCCCGAGGGCUGCUAGCUCCGACCCGAGGGACAAGGGCAUAGAGAUUCUACUCGACAUCCACCAAGGCGAGUGCGAGCACCACGCCGCCUCGAGGUCCCUGGUGGCCAAAGCUUUCCGCCACGGCUUCUACUAG